GGUACGAACGCUGACAUCUCUGGCUGUUUCUAUCCUAAACAAAAAAACAAGCACCACGAUCCAAAACGGCAAUAAAAGAACUGCUCAUUAUUAUUGUUUACUUGCCUUCCGGUGCGUUUGUCUGUCUAAACGGGGCUUCUGCGCAACGGUAGGCUUUACAUUGCCGCCAAAAGGUAGAAAAGAGCAGAUUUCUUACGCCAACACCGAGCGCUACAUGUCCAAAUGACAAGGAGAAAGAAAUAUCUAUAUACAUGUAUACAUGACCAGCGGUGCAGUAGCUCCUUAAACUGAAGCCGAUCCCACAGCCGCGAUUGCUGUUGAAGUAUACCAAGUAAUUCAAUAAUAAUAGUACCAGUCGAGGUAGCAGCCCUAGCUGCUACGCGGUUAUGCCAUGCUGAUGAUUCCGCUGUUCAUGAAGUUUUGAAAUUUUGACAUAUCUCUAUCUUUUUUUUGUCGUCGAAACGCUCACAGACAAGUACACUUUCAACCAGCCCGCGUUCGCUGCUCACUCUACUAAGCUGCGUUCGUCAUAGUUUGGUCCUUCUUCAUCGGUACCGGGCAGUGCUAUGGCUGGCAGUUGCAGAAGCAGAUUUAGCUCUGAUCAGCUAGCUCUUGCUGUUAAAACGGUAGGCAGCACCAGUUAUCGUCAGGCACUAUCAGCAGACGGGGACAGGGGGAGACUGUGACGACGACGGGAGAAGCAUAAGCGGGAGCCGCUGCCAUGACAAGCAGACGACCGAACGUGAAUCAGACUGCUUCAAAAGCCUUCGAAGGGGUUGCUGCUGCUGUUAUUGCUGAUACACAAAAAAAGAUAGAUAGCGAGCGGAGGUGCCAGGCAGUUGUUGGUAUUGCAGCAGUGGGUGCACUGAACGAAGCGAACAGCAGACCAACCAUAAUAAAAGCCAGUUCACCCAAUAGUUGCAAGCUUCUCGCAGCGCUAUUGACAUUAUAACUGUUAUUAAUUCUUAAAUAGAUCAUCGGUAUAUUGAUAUAUCGUUUAUGAUAUCGGUUUCUUAUAUAUUUUGAAAAAAAAUAUACAUAUAUUUCGUAUGUUUUUAUUUUCUUGUCUCAGCAACAAUAUCCGCAGCGGCUAAAUGACUCCGUGAAAAAUCGUCUGUUCGCUCCAUUGAUAACUGGCCUGUUUUGCGGUCGGCCAGGACAAAAUGAAAUAGUUUCUAAAUGUAAGGGGGAACGAAAAUACUGUGUUGGCGCUUUUUCUUUCUUCUCUGGACCCCUGCAGAUCUGAUCUCAAAACUGUCGAAUCUCAAAGAGAACGUCAAAGUGUCGUGGUCCUGCAAAGGCGCACUUGGUCCUCAAAAUGCUAAAAAGUGAAUCCGCGAACGCUGAAUACCUGAAUAUAGGCCUUUUCUGCCUGUCGGCCGAUAUCCGAUACCAUAACGGCUAAAUGAGCUGUCACAAUUCUAGUUAGGCAAUGUCCUAGCAGCAGCAUAUGGUCUAACUGGGUGCGACUGAUGGCUUCCUCUCUCUAGGGGAGUUUGAUAAGAAUGGCGGAACAAUGCUGUGAAGAUUGUAUUCUUGUUAUUGAAUCUAGAAAACAGAGGAUAGGUCAAAUUUCUUUCUCAUACAACUUUUGUCAUUUUUUUAAUGACAGAUAACGCAUACGUAUCAUGGAAAAAUCGUUGCUCUUUAGCAACGACUUUUUUCAUGUCUUAACAAUAUACCAAAAAGCACCGCCCGUAAGCAAAAAGCCAUUGCCAUCCUUCGUCCUAUGAAGUUUUGCUCUACGUCUAUGAAUUAUGUUUAUUAUAAUCGACACACACGUGUCUAUUGUAUUCUUUAUGAUUGAUUUAAAAACCAACUCAGUGUUUGGGCUUGUAUUACUUGUCAUUAUCGACCAUGUGCUAAAAGCCAGCUAAUUUGACAGUAUAAUUCUAUAUUACGUUACCAAUACCGAUACAAACGCAGCCGCGCGUUCCAAAGGAGCAAAAAAACAAUGCCAUGAUGUUUGGCAACGACACUGGAUCUGAGCUUGCGACGAUGUCCUUCUUACGGUGCUUUGACGCUGUCUGCCUGCCUAUUAUAGUUUCCCCACUACAUCGUACAGGGCUUCAUGAAAUGUUCUUCCCCGAACGCCGUAAACAUGAACUGACUGGCUCUACCUCUUCCGUAAGUACCCCCGAAUCUUUUGAACCUAAAAUCCUUCUCCAGCUGCUGCCUUUAUUUUCGCUCUCUGUCUCCCUUCUGUAUCUGUUCUCCAGAAGCCGGUGCGGUCCCAGCCGUCGUAGAUAUCCUGACGGCCGUUGCUGUCGACUCCUGGACAGCUCCUGAUAUCUUGGCGGAACGUGUCCCAUCUUCUUCUUUCCAAGCUUUCCCGUUUUCCUAGGCUGGCGUUCCUCCUUCCUCCUCCUUUUCGCUGCGGUCCUGAUUUGAAAGCCACGAGCCAUUGUUGGUUGUAUAUCGGUCAGUAGAUCUUGAGCAAAAGAAAGAGCAAAAGAUUGUGUCUGUGAGGUCUUGUGAGUCUGAGUGCAAGGGGAGAAACCCAAAGGAAAAUGGACGUUGCUGCAUAGUACUAUUGGUAGCAGCGGUGGUAGUAGCGUUAGUGGUAGCAGGGACAAACGAAUGGAAAGCCGGCCGGUCCGCACUGUUCAUAGACGAUCCCGCAAUCUCGACGGGCACCCGUCGACAGACCCGCCCGCCCAUGCUCACACGCAUACAGACUCCCAAACAGAUAUCCAUACACAGACACAUUAUAGAUCUCCCAGCUGUAUUUAUUCCUCUCGUAGAAUCCUGCAGAGUGGUAGUAACAGGAGAAAGAGACGAGGUCAGGGGAGGCAAAGCAAGCCGCCGCUGCGGCAGCGGCUGUUUUAAAUUCAUGCAGAUCUCGUCCGCAAUCUCUGCUACGGCUUCUUUUUGCCACCAGUCGUCGGCCGGCCGGCCGGUCGGUCGGUCGCUCGAUGCGUACUUGAAUGGUAGUAGCCAGCCCGACUACUACCCGCGCCCGUCGCCAGACCUCGAAAUAGCUGCGGAGCUCGGUGGAAAAGAAACUUCCACCGAGAAGCUCAUUGACGUUGGUCCUGUCUCUUUGAUCGUGGGUCUUCCGCCUUCUCUUUUUUGUUCCCCUGGUUUUGCCUUCUCGUCGCGUCGACCUUCUCUUGCGUCGCUUGAGCGUCGCAUGGCUGCGGCGUUCGCGCGGUGGCAGCAACAGCGACGAGCUAGCCAGUAAGCCGUCGAUAUCGUCCAAAGAAUGAGUGAGAGUGAGUGAAGUUGGGUGGAGUCAUAGCGUUGAGCCGAGUGUUGAGUCAUACAUCUUCCUACUGCACACGGCUAGAUGGAUAUCCACAAGCGAGCUCAGACAGAACAGACAACUACCGCUGUUGUUGUUGUUGCUGUUGUUGGUGGUGAUUGUGGCGAUAGUGAAAUAGCACACUGAGUCGAGACUGGUAAGAGCUUCACGCUGACGAUUACAAUUGGGACAACUCCACCUCAAGUUGCCAUGUACCAGAAGGCCAUCAAGGUUACCGUGGACGGACCUCGAGAGCCCCGAAGUGCGUACCCCAACAAGCUCCAGCUAGCCGAUACUUACAGACUACUUGGACAACAGCAGCACCUCCGCGCGUUCGCGUCAGCCUUCGGUGCGCGACCUCCGCCGUUCCUGGAUCCCCUUCGCGAAUGGGACGCCCUACGACGCAAGAAUCCUCCUAAUCCCCUGAACCCUUUAAGCAGCCUCGGCAACAGCCUCAACAGUCCUCCAGCCCAUCCCACUACCGCAAGCACAGGUCUAACAGGACUUGGCACUGGACACCACCCACAUUCAGGUGGCGACUGGGUGACGGGACCGCUUGGGGACCCGCAGAGGCGACACCUCUCUCAGCAACAACAAUUGCAGCAACAGCAAUCUUCUUGUAACACUGCCAACUCGAAUACGACUACGCCAAACUCUGACGUUGUGUCAGUGGGCGGCGUAUCGUGCGGCGCUAACGGUGGAACCGACUGGCCUUCGGGAGGAGGAGCGUACCCCGGGGGCAGCGGUCCCGGAAGGCCGUUCGCACCAUUUGGCGGCAUCCUGGCGGCACCCGCUCCGCCGCCGCCGGCCACUUCACCUUCCAGCCACUUUUCCAGCGAAUCUCGCGAUAAUAACAGUGUAUCCAAUCCCAACAACCCGAUCUCCAGACCGACCUCGCCAGGUUCAACGGCGGAGCGUACCUCGCCAGCGACAUCCCCAACCUCGAAGGGUUGUAACGGACCACCGCUGGCAACCCUCAAUACAAACCACGAUUCAUCGUCACUACCGCUAAACCUUCUACGCUACAAUUGUAGUGCAGCUGCGGUCGCCGUGGCUGCCGCAGCUGCCCAGGAUCUCUGUCUAUCUGAACGCCUCGCUGAACUUCGACAAGGACUUGUUGGCCUCAGUCAAAAUUCUUUACAGAGUAAUCCGGUAAUAUCGAGCCAGGCUGCAGCAAUGAGUACGCUACUAUCGCAGAAUCCGUACGCAGCCGCCUAUGCUAACUUUCUACAUAACCAUUACCAGCAGCAGCAACAACAGCAGCAACAACAACAACAACAACAACAACAACACGCCCAACAGCAGCAAAACGGGGGUUCUGGCCUAUAUCCUACUCAUCCUGCAUUACUCUAUCCCGGUCUCUAUGGUGCAGCGUUGGCGCCACACGGCUCAACGGCAUUUCACAUACCAAGCUUAAACAGCAACCAUCCACUGGGUCGUAACAAACAACAGCCAGGAUCACGAUCUUCAUCACCACCGCGUCCGGCAAGCGUCCAGCCGUCAAGUCCAAACCCAAGUUCGCAGGAUUCGCGCGCAAGUUCGCGAUCGCCUCCAUGUUCGCCCAUGCGCGCCCGUUCGCCGCCCGUGUCAGUCGUCGACGACUACGACGAUGACGGUGGCUGUGGCGGAGGCGGCGGUGCAAUAUCUGAUUGCGACCAACAACGUGAACGCGAUAUCUCAGAACCUCCGAGCUCACCGGGAACUUCUUCCCAUAAAGAACACCACCUCGAUGAAAAAGAGGAUCCACCCUGUGAGCUUAAGGACGAAACGUAUAGGAAUAAAAGGCGUAGUUCUGGGGAUGAGAACAGUGAUUCUGAAGACGAAACCGGAUCGAAAAAGAAAAAAGACGACGAGAAAACCCUCUGGAGGCCGUACUGAAUCCUUUUUGCAAUAUGGGACGAUCGUGUCAUGGACUAGUGCGAAGGUCGGCAACAAUUCAUUAAAACUAUAUAUUAAUCUCACCUCAUCAAAGGUUCUCUUGUGAAACCACAAUAGCAAAACAUUUCUAGACGAGCGACCAAUCGGUACAAACACGGACCAUAACAAAAGCUCCACCGGUGUCAACAUAGAAGGGUCGCGCGGUGACAGUUUCGCUUUGUGGACGCAACGAAGUCGUCAGCAUUAUCAGCCGAAAUCAGCGAUUGGGGAAACGGUCCUAUUUUUCAACGCUGCAGCAGUGGUCGUAGGGCACCCGUUCGUGUCCAUUUAGAUAUUGGCCGAAGGGGGGAUCUCGUUCAUGGACAUCACCCUGAGAACACGCGACGCUCAACGCAGCAAUUCAAUGAUGGUGCAACCAACUGAGUCAAUCCUGUAUAUAAUGCUAAGCAAAAAAGGAAAAGUAGAAAAAAAACCACAAAAUUUAGAGCAACAUCGGCGGCCAGGGAAGUGGCUAGACUGCGGACAAAAGAGACGCUUCGCUGUCUCGCCGCAUUCAUACACAGAAGGUAAAGAUAAUGGCGAAAAAGAAGACCUCGAUGAAGAUGACGAUGAUGUGAUUAACCUCACACGGACUGAGCUGCUUUUAGAGCGAACAGAAGCAAACCCAUUCAGAAGAAUCCGUUUUUCUCCAUUACCACCAUCGUCGUCGUCGUCGUCAAGCACAAGCGUAUCUUUCCUCUAACUAACGACAUCGGCCUCUUCUGCACGUGUCGAAAGCGCUCAACAGGGCAAAGCAAACGAAAAAAUAUCUCGCAAAAACCGACUGCUACUACUGCUGCUGCUGCUGCUGCUGCUGCUGUUAUUGUUGUUGCUCACUAUUGUUUGUCAUCAGUCACCAGCCCCUCAAUGCAUUGAUCAUUAAGCUAAACUAAAAUAAAGUGAUGAUGAUGACUACCUUGACGUUUGCCCCGUCGCUUUGAUUCUACCAGCCUCCAGCGUUUUGCUUGGCUAUUCACUUAACCUGCAGCGGCACACGCUCUAUAGCGGUGCAUUUCAUUCAUUUUGUAUAAAAAUAAUAAUAGACACUUCCGCUCCCACCACUUACCUACCUAUAUAUAUAUAUAUAUAUAUAUAGGUAUGUACCUACUUUUUAGGCACUAUUACUGCACCUAGUAUCAUAUUCUCUCUGCUAGAAUUUCAUUGAUAACAGACACAAACCCUAUUAUUAGAUAUUUGCAUAGAUAAUGUAGUAAAGCAGCGGAGAGGCAAGAUUCACAUCCACGCGAUAAUAUAUAGAGAGAUAAAGGCCCUGUAUUUUCAAAAAAAAAAACGCAAGUGAAACGUGAUGUAAAAUAAUAACCAUGUGAAGAUCAAUGCUCCGUACUUACGGAAACAAAGGGGGAAGGAGAAAAAGACACAAAUCAGACCCAGAUGAUGAUGAUGACGACGAUGUGAGCAUGGUGGAAUCAUUCAAGAUGGCAGUGAUCUACUAUGAGACGACUGACCGGUGAUGACAAACAAAACCUCACACAUACACACUCACACACACACACACACACACACACACACACACAUAUAUAUAUAUAUAUAUUCCUAUGAAAGCUAACAAAGAACGCUGCGACUGAAGCUACUACUAUUACUACUACUACUACUACUACUACUACUAUUACUACUAUUACGACGACGACUACUACAACAACUA